ACAGUGCGAGACAUUGAAGAGACACGUUGACCAUGGAGAUCCUGCAGCUGCCUUUAGUUUGUGCUCUUAUAAUCAGUAGUCUCACAUCAGCAACAGUUGUUCAAGAUUUUAAUCAUGUGGAGAGAUGCAAGGACUCCCUCUAUAUGGGGACUCCGCCGCGGGGUUUUGUCGACACCAAACUGAAGAAGAUCUGCCAGCGAUAUGCUGACAAACCCCGUUAUGUGACCUUGUACGAUCCUUCUAAGAGGAUCCCAGUUUACUCGGCUUAUACCUUCAAGAAAACUGAGGGAGACAGACGUGUGGACUACCCCUGGAUGUACGAGCCACAGCUGGCAGAGCUCGAUGGCAAUGGGAACAUGUUGCCCUUCCCAACUGGCUACCUGCACAUGAAGUUUGAGGACAGCCAGGCAGUGCUGGAUGACUACUCUGAUGUGGUUCUUUAUGAAAGAGGUCACCUGAACCCAGACCAGCAUCAGUCCAGUCCACACGACCGCGCUGCCACUUACACACUGACCAACGUGGUCCCAGAGAUACGAGAGUUUAACAUCGGGCCUUGGCGAGAGUACGAGGAGCGGAUCCGGGUGCGCCUUAACAACUUCUGCCGUGGCACUGCCUACAUUGUCACCGGAGUGACCACCAGGGGCAACAUGAUCCGUCGCAACAAUCAGAACCGCGUGGCCAUCCCCGAAGAUGUGUGGUCUGCUUACUGCUGCACCGAGUAUGACCGCAACGCGCCCCAUGACGUUCGCGUUCUCUUCCCAUCCCAUGCAGCCCUAGCCAAAAACGCCAAAGAGGGCAACAGCAUCCACGAGAUGACAGUCCUGGAGCUUGAAAUGUUUCUGAGAAAUAACAUCGAAGUCGACACCAACCUUCAGAUCUUCUACGACAACUGUGUCUCUCCCUCACCCCUUCCUCUUUAUCUGCAGCACACCAUCUGAAUGCUAUCUCAGCUACAUCCUCUGUGUGCAUAUGGGUUUAUGUAGCCUAACAGCAGCCAUUAACAAUAAUAAAAACAAUGAUAGCAGAAGUAAGGUAAUUCAAAUUUUGUCCUGCAAGAUAUUAUCUAAGAAAGGAGUCCGUAUCAGAAUAAAAUGAAAUGUUCUUCAUUCAAUAAAAAUGUUCUGGGUGAUGGUUUUCAGGCUUUAGAGGAGGACUACUCUAUUUAGAAAAGGAUUGCAAUACAGUUAUGUAAUCUUGUGUGGAAGGCUAUGGGAAUUGGCUCAUUUAAUAAAUUGUCCUAAUCUAAU